AAUAAAGGUUGAGAUAUGGAGGUUUCUGCUGGGGCGAUGGGCCCCGUAAUUUGUAAGCUCGCUGAGCUCCUCGUUGGAGAAUACAACCUGGAGAAGCGCGUAAAGAAAGGCGUGCAAUCACUCCUAACAGAGCUGGAGAUGAUGCACGCCGUACUUCGCAAGGUUGGCGAGGUGCCAUCCGAACAGCUAGAGGAGCCUGUCCGGAUUUGGGCUGGCAAAGUGAGAGACCUCUCUUGCGACAUGGAAGAUGUUGUUGAUGACUUCAUGGUGCGUGUGGGUGAGGGUUCAAGCAGCAAGCCGACGAACAUGAGAAAUCGAGUCAAGAAGUUCCUUAAGAAGACCACCAAAUUGUUUGGUAAGGGCAAAGCACUUCAUCAAAUCUGUGAUGCCAUCAAAGAAGCUCAAGAUCUUGCCAACGAGCUGGCCGACCUGCGUAAAAAGUAUGAGCUUGACAUGUUUAGCGCUAGCAAUGGUGCUACCAUUGACCCUCGUGUGUUAGCUCUGCACAAAGAUGUAGGGGAGCUUGUUGGUGUUGACCAGACAAGGGAUGAGCUUAUCAAAAAACUGAUUUGUGAGGACGGGAGUUCCAAGGAGCAAUUGAAGACGAUCUCUAUUGUUGGUCUUGGUGGGCUAGGCAAGACAACGCUCACCAAAGCAGUCUAUGAGAAGAUCAAAGCCCAAUUUGAUUGUGUGGCUUUUGUCCUCGUGGGUCAGAACCCAGAUAUCAAGAAAGUUUUCAAGGACUUGCUCUAUGGCCUUGACAAUGAAAAGUUCAGUGACAUUCAUAAUACAACAAGGGAUGAAAAUCUACUCAUCAAGCAAAUCAGUGAUUUCCUUGUGGAUAAGAGGUACCUGAUCGUGAUCGAUGAUAUAUGGGAAGAAGAAAUAUGGAGAUUUAUAAAUUGUGCUUUGUAUAAAAACAAACUCCAUAGUCGGGUAAUCACAACAACCCGCAAUGUGAGUGUGUCUGAAGCAUGUCUCUCUUCCAGUGAUGACAUGAUUCACAAAAUGGAACCUCUUUCUGAUGAAGACUCGCAGAGACUCUUCCAUAGAAGAAUAUUUCAAAGCGAGGAGAAAUGUCCAGAAGAUUUGCAUGAAGUAUCAAGAGAGAUAUUGAAGAAAUGUGGUGGUGUACCAUUAGCCAUCACUACAAUAGCUAGCCUUCUAGUCAGUAACCAAGGGAUAAAGCAGAAAGAAGAAUGGAUGCGUGUGCACAGUUCGAUGGGCCGUGGAGUUACACAAGGUGGUAUUUUGAAGGACAUGAAGAGGAUAUUAUCACUCAGCUAUUAUGGUUUGCCAUCUCACCUGAAGCCUUGUUUGUUAUAUCUAAGCAUCUUUCCUGAAGACUCUGAGAUUAAGAGAGAUUGGUUGAUAUGGAGGUGGCUUGCUGAAGGGUUUAUCCUAGGUGACGAAGAAGAAACUAGGCUGUUUGAGAUCGGAGAGAGCUACAUCAACGAGCUUAUGAACAGGAGCUUGAUCCAGCCAGCAGAAAUCAAUGAGGAAGGCACGGUAGUAACUCUCCAUAUACAUGAUAUGAUUCUUGAUCUUAUAUGCUCACUGUCAAGUGAGGAGAAUUUUAUCUCCAUAUUGGAUAAUGCUAAGUGGCAUGCACCUAAUAUGAAAAAGAAAUUCCGCAGGCUAUCACUUCAUAAUAUCAAGGCAAAGGUUCAGAGCCAUCAUUUUGACAGCACUAGCCUGUCAAAUGUGAGGACCUUUGCUGUUUUUUCUCCCGUUACUUGUGAUUGGUUGCCAUCUCUCUCAAGCUUCCAAUUUUUACGUGUGCUAGAUCUUGGAAAUUGUGGCAGCAAUGAAAGUAGCUCUGGUAUCAGCCUCAAGUAUGUAGGGAAUUUAAUUCACCUAAGGUACCUAGGGCUCAAGGAUGCAGAUGUUUGCGAACUCCCAAUGGACAUAGGCAAGUUGCAGCUUUUGCAGACACUGGAUAUAAGAGACACUAGUAUAAAUGAGUUACCUGCAAGUAUUGUUCAGCUAAGAAAUUUGAUAUGCUUAUAUGUUGAUUCUAACAUGAGGCUGCCAAAAGGAAUGGGGAACUUGACAUCCCUCGAAGUGCUGGACAGUGUAGGAGUAUCCUCGUCUCCUCACAUUGUGAAAGAGCUGAUUCAUCUGACAGAGGUUAGGACAUUCAGUAUUGAGUGUUAUAACAUGGACGAGGAUCUUAUUGAUAUAUUAAUCAAGUUUCUAGGCAACCUGCAAAAAUUGCAAAGUCUGUAUAUUUAUGAUGGCGGCAGAUUGAUAGAUAGCAUGUGUGAAAGCUGGGUGCCCCCUCCAAACCUCCGUUGUUUUGAUUCAUGGAACCCCUUUCUUCCUGCGUGGUUCUCGCGACUUCCAAAGUGGGUUAAUUCAAGUUCGCUUCCCCUCCUCUCCACCCUGGAAAUAGAUGUGGAAGAACUGCAAGGGGAUGACAUUCAGAUCAUCGGGAUGCUGCCUGCUCUUCAGUUUCUGCGACUUGCUGCAAAACGCGUGAUGGGAACGUUGGUUGUGAGGGCCAAUACAUUCCCAUCUGCGAGAUGCUGCAUGUUCAGAGGGUUUCCGAUGUCGCCGUGCCUUUUCCCACCUGGAGCUAUGCCAAGGGUUCAGCGCCUUGUGUUUGAGGUCUCUGCACGGUCGAUCGCAAGUGGUGAGGUUGACUGCAGCAUGGGCCACCUCCCUUCUCUCGAGCAUGUGGAGGUUCGUCUGCGGCGUGAGAAUUCUAGUGAUGAAGAGAAGGAGACAGCCAAGGCUUGGCUGAGGCGCGCAGCACAAGCCCAUCCAAAAUGUCCCACCAUUCAAAUCCAUAACUGGGCUUCAACAAAAUCCUGGAGUCAGGUACCAGUAAUUCACUGUGCCGUCGCAGCCAUCAACAAUUCACUGUACCGCCGCAGCUCCGAAUAAACCAAGGCUCAUUCCCUCCAACGCAUGUUCAGAUUCUGCCCUUUGCUAGACGGAGGCUUCCGCAUGAUUGUUCAUAACAAACUAUUUGUUAUUCUUUCUGCAUAUGCUUUCAGAAAUGCAGCACCUCCAUUCCUUUAUUCAGUCUUUUUAAGACUCGUACAAUAAAAGGUUGCAUUCAAUUGGCACUAUUUGUAGCACUAUUGCCUCU